AUGCCAGCAGCAGCAGCGGCGGCGACGGCAGGGGUGACUGCAGCAGCCGGAGGGGGGCCGGCAGCACGGGUCGUGUCACGGGUAGGGGCGGGAGCUACAACAGUUGCGGCGGCGGCCGCAGCAGCCUCGACGGCUGGGGUGGUGGCGGCAGGGCCCAGCGACACGGCAUCAGCAGUGGCGGCGGCGGCGGGACUGAGAGCUACAGCAGGGGCGGCGGUGGCUACGUUAGCCUCGGGUGCUGGAGUGGUGAUGGCGGGGCCGGGUAACACGGCAGCGGCGGUGGGGGCGGGGGGGCGGAGUGCUAUGCCAGCAGCAGCAGCGGCGGCGACGGCAGGGGUGACUGCAGCAGCCGGAGGGGGGCCGGCAGCACGGGUCGUGCAGCAGGGCUUUCGGCUCACGCUCACGGCACCGUGGCUGGUGCAGCUGCUGAAAUUGUACGUGGGCCGGAUUGUACUCAUGGAUGCGACGUACGGCCUCACGAGCUACAACUACCCGGUCAUUUCUUUGCUCGUGGUGGACCAGCACGACAAUGGCAUCCCCGUCGCGUUCGGGGUGAUUCCAAGUGCAGAGGGUAAGGAAGAUGUCCAGGGCUUCAUCCAGGACGUUGAGGACCUCGCGGGCCGGUCAUCGGCAGGGCCCCGGGCGGCUGGCGUGCCCCCGCUGGUGCCGCGCGCGCAUACUCAGCCGGCGGAGACGGGCAUCGGCGCGGGGACGGCUGGCAUGGCGGCAGUUCAGCUGGAAGAAGAGGAGGAUUACUGUGUUAUUGUGGAGUAGUCAUAUAGCGGUGUGUAUGUUUGGUAGCUGUGUUGAGACAUUAGCCCCUUUGUGUUUUUAGAAACUGAGCCGUGUUGACCGGCGAGCCGUUAUCCCCGUUGUUGUUUGUUUUAACAACGUGUGUUUUGCUUUGCUGUUUUGUGGCGAUGGCAAGCUUUACUGGCAUUGCAGCGCGCGACGCGUGGUUUUCGCGAUGCAAGCAGAUGGCUCGGGUCCAGGACAAACUCCAUGGCUUUGUUUAUUUCCGUUUACAGCUAUGUUUUAUGUAUUCCUAUAAAUCU